AUGUGGCUGCUGGCUAGUAAACAGCUGACCAAGUUCUCGCAGCUUCCACGGGUUUCUCUGAUGAACCAAGGGAUUCAGAAUGUGUUUGUGCCCCAGAGACCCAGAAAGUGAAAGAAAUUAUAAAAUUUUCAGAAAGCAAGGAUUCCGGCGGAAUUUCGGAAUCUCAGCGAAAGAUGUGGAAGAGAAAUCGAGGAGAAGAAUCGGUUGGUGGCUGAUGGGAUGCGCCGGAAUGUGCUACGGAGCCGUCGCGCUCGGGGGAGUCACCAGGUGAACUCGGCUAGAUGGAAUGUAUCGAUUGAUUGGGCGAAGUUGCAGAUUGACAGAAUCAGGCCUCAGCAUGGUCAAUUGGGAUCUGUUCAGAACGAUGAAACCUCCGUUCGGACAGAAGCAAUGGGAGGAAGAGUUCGAAAAGUACAAAGCGUAUCCCGAGUAUAAAUUGUCAGCUUCCACUUUGUUCCUUUUUGCGGAACUCUUCAUUUCAGCAAAUCAUCAAGCCAAGAAAUGACUCUGAACGAAUUCAAAUUCAUUUGGUCAAUGGAAUACGGUCAUCGGAUGUGGGGCCGUGCCAUCGGACUCGUCUUCCUCAUUCCGUGCGCCUACUUCUGGGCACGCGGACGAUUUGCGCCGGACAUGAAGAGACGGAUGGUACUAGCGACGUCACUUCUGCUCGCGCAAGGAGGAAUCGGCUGGUGGAUGGUCAAGUCGGGACUCGAUCCGUCGCAGAACUCGUCAGACGUGCCACGUGUCUCGCAGUACCGACUGGCGACUCACCUGACGAUGGCCUUCGUUCUUUAUUCGAUCUUCUACUGGAACGGUCUCUCUCAUCUCAUGAAACCACACGAUGUAGGACUCUAUUUUGUUUCCUAUAAAACUCUGUGUUUCCAGCUUACAUCAGUUCGCUCGAAACUCGGAGCUCUUCGCGGAAUGACGCACGGCUCCAAGUUGAUGGUCUUCUCCACCGCCAUAAUGGGCGCAUUCGUCGCCGGCCUCGACGCCGGACUUGUCUACAAUUCAUGGCCCAAGUUCGCAGAUUCGUGGAUCCCUGAGAACAUGCUGAGCCGGUCUCCCACGUGGAAAAACUUCUUCGAAAACGACGUUACUGUCCAAUUCGUGCAUAGAAACCUGGCGUAUCUGACGGUUAUCAGUGUGCUCUCCACAUUCCUCAUCGGCCGGCGUGCGCCCAUUCCGAGAAGGACACGAAUGGCUCUCAAUCUGACAGUGGCCGCAGUCUUCGGACAGGCCGCUCUCGGCGUAUUCACUCUGGUAACUCUGGAUCAUGCUACUUUUCUUGCAUUCUUUUCUUUUCAGAUCAACUACGUGCCCGUGUGGCUCGCCGCCUGUCAUCAGUCCGGUUCGAUGGCUCUCCUUUCCUCUGUUCUUUGGUUGAGUCACGAACUUCGCCGACUUCCCAAAUAG